GAAAGUCAAAAAAAAGUUGGGGUAAUAGGGAUUAAACCCUCUCGUUCAACUCUUUUCUCAUUGCUCAUUUUCUCGUUCUCUGAUUUUUAUACACCAUCUAUAUGCUUUUUCCGGUGUACUUUGUGUAUUUUCUUAUAAUUUUAACCGUAAUUACAGUGGGCUUAUCGGCAUUACUGUACAUAUACCAAUGCGAUAUACUUUACGCCGGAUUCUUUCCUCCAGGGUCGAGAUCAGCAGUCGCACGACCAGGACAGUACGGGUUGCCGGACAAGGAGGAAAUACUAGUUACAAAAGACGGUGUACGACUGCGAAGUUAUGUACUGAUACAGUAUGGGGAUAACGUUGCAAUACAAUCGCCAACAGUGCUGUGUCUUCAUGCACAUACGGGCAAUAUGGGUCAUCGAUUACCAAUUGCGCAAGUACUUUACAAACGGCUCGGCUACAAUGUCGUCAUGCUAUCGUAUCGAGGGUACGGAUUAAGUGAAGGCAAUGCAACGGAGAAGGGCCUGCAAAUUGAUGCUCAGACGGCACUCGAUUAUAUCAAACGACAUCCCAUUCUCAAACAUACCAAACUGGUUGCCUAUGGCCAGUCCUUAGGAGGCGCUGUCGCCACUCAUCUUGUUGCUCGGAACGAGGACAAAUUCGAUGCCAUGAUCAUUGAAAAUACCUUCCUCAGCAUCCCAUUGCUGAUUCCCCAUAUCUUUCCGCCCAUGCGACACCUUGUCUACCUAUGCCAUCAGAAAUGGCGAUCCUAUAAAACAAUCCAGUUCAUACGGCGGGUGCCAAUACUGUUUUUAUCCAGCUUAAAAGACGAGUUAGUACCGCCGUUCCACAUGGCCAAGUUGCACAAAGCCGCCGAAACGAGUGGUGGCAAGGUAUGGCGCGAUUUUGAGAAUGGCACCCACAAUGAUACGUGCAUGCAGGACGGAUACUUUGAGGCCAUUGGUGAAUUCAUUCGCGACCAUGUCUGGGAAGCAUAGUGUUUGUUGGAGAUACGAGCAUGCUCAUCUCCUGCACUAUCCAACCUCUUUCUCCUAAGCAACAUACCUUACAUUAUUAACCUUUCUCUCGCUCAUCUAACCUUCACUCCAUUCAAAGCAAAAAAUUUUGAUUUAUUAUAUCAACAUCAGGUCUCCAUUUCAUCACUUACCCUUCUCCGUCAUCACACAUUCACGCGCACCCUCUUUCACACACAUGCACACUGUAUACAAUCUUUCUUCUUAUUAAUUUAAGUAACUCAAAGCAACACUCUCACGAUAAUGUUUAAUUAAUGAUUAAAAAAGAAGUCUGUAUGUUACUCCAAAGGCCCUAAAGUUGGUAUUGUUUUUCACCCAAGAACGAAUCAAAGCCCGAUCAUCAAACUGCUGCCAACCGAAAAGGGAAGUUUUCCGUGUUCCCGGAACAGCCGU